GGUGGGGCUUCCACCACUAAAGCUCGAUGCACAAGCUCCAACUGGCAACGCGCAGCUUCAGGUUGCCUGCUUAACUUUACUUUACUGUGUGAGGUUUCUAAUCUGGAACGUUGAAGCUCCCGACUUCAAACAUCACCAAAUAUCCCGCCGAGCUCAACUUUACCCACCAUUCCCGUCCAAACCCACACAAAACCUCACAUCACACAUUUCUAUUGUUGCCGGCACAUAUAAUUCACCAUGACGUCGAUAGGAACCGGCUACGAUCUCGCCAACUCUAUUUUCUCUCCCGAUGGACGAAAUUUUCAAGUCGAAUAUGCAGUCAAGGCGGUAGAGAACGGUGGGACCUCCAUCGGUAUCCGAUGCAAGGACGGCGUGGUUCUAGCAGUUGAGAAGGUUGUCACCUCGAAGCUGCUAAAGCCCGGUGCCAACAAGCGAAUCGCGACCAUUGACAGACAUCUGGGAGUGGUUUACUCCGGUAUGGUACCCGAUGGUAACCACUUUGUCGACCGAGCUCGAGACGAGGCCCGCGCCUGGCGUGACACUUUCAAGACGCCCAUUUCAACGUCCGACCUGGCAAGUCGCAUGGGCGGAUACCUACAAGCCUACACCCUGUAUCAAUCCGUCCGCCCCUUCGGCAUCACCGCUAUCAUAGGCGGUUUCGACUCGGAGCUCGAGUUACCCGUGGACGGCCAAGUCGGAUCGGGCCCAACUAUCGGAGCGGGAGGCAAAGUGGAAGGCAAGACGCAUGGUGGUCCGGGCCUGUACAUGAUCGAGCCUAGUGGCAUGUACUGGGGGUACUACGGAGCGGCAACGGGCAAAGGCCGGCAAGCGGCCAAGGCAGAGCUCGAAAAGCUAAACUUGGCCGAAGGUACGCUAGACCUGAAGAAGGCCGUCAAGGAGGCCGCGCGCAUCAUCUACGUCGCACAGCAGGACAACAAAGACAAGGAGUUCGAGCUCGAGAUGAGCUGGAUCAGCACCGCUGACGGCCCCACCAAGGGCCGUCACCAAGAGGUGCCCAAGGAGCUAGUCGAGGAGGCUGAGCGGUUAGCGAAGAAGGCCAUCUCCGAAGACGACGAUGAGGAGGAAGAGGAGAACAAGAUGCAGGAAUAAAACAGAAAAGUAAAAAUAAACGGUCAAGGUGGAGGGGUGGGGAAACAAUUAUGACACCUUUGGGCAAGCCUUGCUCGUUGAUGAGCGAGGAUGAAGGCUACCUAGGUUUGUACUUGUACAACAAACUACCGGCAUGGCGGAAGCUCUCGGAUUAGGACGAGACGGGGUCAUAGACGUAAUUCCAUCAUCAUCAGAGCCAUGAUAUCUAGCCAAGACUCGCGAGCAAGCAAGCAAAUUACUAUGACCAGUCA